AGGCGAUGCGAUGUGGAGACCCCUCCGAACACGAUGCUACACGGGGGACGCUGGCUGUAGGAGAAUCCAUCAAACUGACGAUCAAAGUGGAGGACGACGAGUUAUGUUCCCAAACUGAUCCGCACCAUUUUUCUCCAGCUGUUGACGGACACACAGAGAAGGAAGCCCCGCCCCCUCACACCAAACAGGAAGUAGCGAAGGAAGUUGUCAGCUCUUCCUGCCAGAGUUCAGAGGUCAGCGGAGGGUCUGACUGCCUGAUAAUCGAACCACAGCUCCAACACCCCCCGCUCAUUACCCACAAUCCUUUGGGGGAGGAUCCCAGCUGCUCGUACGCCAGCAACAGCGUUUCCGCAACGUCGGAUUCGAACAGUUUUCAUAUAGUUACUGACGAAGGAAACGGCCAGCAGGGGAAACAGUUCUUCUGCACUUUCUGUGGGAAGACUAUGGCCUGCCUGAAGAACCUGAAGACUCACCUGAGGGUCCACACAGGUGAGGGGGUUGUCGUAGCAACUUAAAAUCAGCUGCUUUCUAGAGAAAAUGAUGAGUUAGGCAAAUAUGCAAAGAAACACAAUAUCGAUAUAAAGUAUUUUAAGAUCUUUUCUUUUAAUGCGUGCAAGAAUGACGACACCUCCUGAGAGCUCUGUGUGUGACGGACUCUUUUAUAGGAAGACAACAAAGCUCAUUUACAUUUCAAAGUUCGAUCACAAUAAGCAAAAC